AGUGUUUCUAUCAACUUUAUUUUAAAAGUAAUGGACAAAAUGACUGUUGAUCCAGCCAAGUCGAUUCCUGCAUUUUACGCUAGACAAAGUAUACUUUUGACUGGUGCAACAGGAUUUCUGGGUAAAGUUUUUAUCGAAAAGAUAUUACGAUCUUGUCCAGAUGUUCGUGAAAUAUUUCUGUUAAUGCGACCGAAGAAAGGAUUAAGUAUUAAAGAAAGGCUCGACAAAAUAUUAAACUUACCACUAUUUGAAAAAUUGCGCGAGGAACGAUCUUCCAAUUUUGAGAAAUUAAUUGCAAUUUCUGGUAAUGUCAGUGAGAAGGGAUUAGGUUUGUCGGCUACGGACAAACAAAUGCUAGUUGAAAGAGUGACGAUAAUAAUUCAUGCAGCCGCGAAUGUGAGAUUCAAUAACAGUUUAAAGUAUGCCAUAUUUGCUAAUACAAGAGCAACAAGAGAUAUUUGUAUUUUAGCAAAAAGUAUGAAGAAUUUAAUCGCAUUAGUAUACGUUAGUACAGCAUUUGCACAUGCGAAUGAACCAUUUGUAGAUGAAAAAGCGUACUUGCCAAUAGCUGAUUGGCAAAAGAUAAUUGAAAUAGUCGGAACUUUAGAUGAGCAUAUUUUAAACAUUUUUACGGCUAAGUGUUUAGACUAUGCACCCAAUACAUAUAUUUUUUCAAAAAAUCUAUCGGAAAAGGUAAUACAAGAUUAUUCUUCCUCCUUGUCUUGUGCGAUUGUAAGACCUUCCAUUGAUAUGUCGUCCUUAUUGUCAUUAUUGUCGUCGACCACAUUCCGCGCAUUCCUUUGGUGUCCGUCUGACAUUCUUUACGCAAGGAGUGCUAGUUUCGUAUCCUUCUGACAUUCUUUACG